GUUGUUUUCCUUUUUCUUUUCGUAGUAGGUUAAACAGAACCAAAGUUUUUUUUUUUUUGAAAAGAAUUGCUAGCAAAUAUUUUAUUCAAAAUGAAUUUGUAUAAUUUCAAAAAAAUAAUGAUAGUUCCGCCGGCGAAAGAUUUUAUUGAUGUAAUGCUUUCAAAAACCCAGCGGAAAACACCAACAGUUGUACACAAGGGUUACAAAAUUUCAAGAAUACGUGCGUUUUAUACUAGGAAAGUUAAAUAUACUCAACAAAAUAUGUAUGAUCGUUUGUCACAAAUAAUUCAAGAUUUUCCAAAAUUAGAUGAUGUGCACCCAUUUUACGCCGAUUUAAUGAACGUACUUUAUGAUAAAGAUCACUAUAAAUUGGCCUUAGGGCAACUAAACAACGCACGAAAUUUAAUAAAUAGUGUAGCUAAAGACUAUGUACGUUUAUUGAAGUAUGGUGAUACACUUUAUCGCUGCAAACAAUUGAAAAAAGCUGCUCUUGGACGAAUGGCAACUAUAAUAAAGCGUCAAGCAUCUAAUCUUACUUAUUUGGAAGAAGUAAGGCAGCACUUAUCCCGGUUACCAGUCAUAGAUCCUUAUUCGAGGACAAUGAUUUUAUGUGGGUUUCCAAAUGUUGGAAAAUCUAGCUUUAUUAACCAAAUUACCAGAGCGGACGUUGAGGUUCAGCCAUAUGCGUUUACAACAAAGAGCUUGUAUAUUGGACAUACUGAUUAUAAGUAUUUGAGAUGGCAAGUUAUUGACACACCAGGAAUUCUCGAUCACAGUUUAGAAAGCCGGAAUGUUAUAGAAAUGCAAGCAAUCACCGCACUUGCCCAUUUAAGAGCUUGUAUUCUAUACUUCAUCGAUCCUUCAGAACAGUGUGGCUAUUCCAUAGAGGAACAAAUAUCCCUUUUCGAAAGCAUUAAGCCCAUUUUCGCCAAUAAACCUAUAAUAAUUGUUUUAAAUAAAGUUGAUAUUGUAAGCAUUGAAGACUUAGAACAAAAGAAAAGAGAAAUGAUAAAAAAUUUGGAAAAAGAUUCAAUUUCAUUGAUGCAGUCUUCAGCUACUACUGGGCAAGGCAUAAUGGAAGUAAAAAUGGAAGCUUGUGAAAAAUUGCUAUCAUUCAGAAUAGAACAUAAGCUCAAACCCAAAAAUUCAAAUAUUCUAAAUCGACUUCAUGUGGCGUUACCUAAGGAGAGAGAUGAUCGAGUUAGAACACCGUUUAUUCCUGAAAAUUUAAUGCAAAAAUUAGAAUUAAAUUCAUCUAAAAUGGAGACCAAACUGGAAAAACAAAUUGAAGAGGAAAUGGCUGACGAUUACGUUUUGGACUUAAAGAAAAAAUAUACCACAAUUCCUGCUGAGGAACGUUAUGAUGAAAUUCCCGAGUUUUGGGAUGGUCACAAUAUUGCGGACUACAUUGAUUCUGAUAUAUUUGAAAAAUUAGAGGAACUUGAAAGAGAAGAGGGUUUGCGAGAAGAGUCUGAUUUUUAUAAUUCACCAAUUCUUUCUCUUGAUCAGACUUUAGAAGAAAUUAGAGAAAUGGCGAAAAAAAUUAGGGUUAAACGGUUUCAUUUGCGUGAUGAGAAACGUCUAGCUAACAAAAGAAAUAAAUCAACCAUUCCACGACACAAACAACCUAAAGUUCGUGAAAGAAAACUAUCCAACUUUAAAAAUAUUAUGCAAGAUUUGGGUGUAGAUGUUUCUAACUCAGAAAAUACUAAUUUUGCAAAAAGCGCAACAGAUGUACGUAAAAGUUUAGUUAAACCUUCUACGAGUAGUGGUAGACAAGUAAAGCUAGACAAAGAGUCUGGAGCAGUAUUACGAUCAACUGGUUUGCCCAUUAAGCGUGCUUUAGCAAGAAAUGAACAAGGGGUCAAAAACGUCGUUAUGAAGAAAAAAUUGAAAAUAUUAGCUCAAAAAGCUGUCGCUAAAAAAGUACGAAAAUUGGCUCUUAAAGGAGAAGCGGAUCGUUUCAUAGGCAAUAAAAUGCCGAAACAUCUGUUUUCUGGUAAGAGAGGUGCUGGAAAAACGGACAGGCGAUAGUUUAAAUGAAAAAUGAGUAUGUUCAUUAUAAUGUACUAUUUAAAUUCUAGAAUAUAAAAAAAAUUUUGUUAAGAUCAACACAAAAUAUAAGUAUGUAUAUAUAAAAUUUGGUAUA